UGUGUCUCUGUCUCUGCAGUGGAGCAGGAGCGAGACCUCCUGCAGCCUCGUCCGUACUGGAAGGAGUUUCGCUUCGACCUGACGCCCCUCCCUCAGGGGGAGACGGUGACGGCAGCAGAGUUUAGGAUCUAUAAGACCCUGACGAUGGGCCAGAGGGCCAACCGGACCCUGCACAUCUCCGUCUACGAGAUCCAGAGAGACAACAGACACAGAGAGCCAGAGCUAGUGCUGCUGGACAUGCAGUCGGUGCCCGCAGGACAGGAGGGCUGGCUGGCCUUCGACGUCACCACGGCCUCCAACAACUGGCUGCUCCACCCGCGCAGCAACCUGGGCAUACGUCUUUAUGUGGAGACAGAGGAGGACCGCUCCCUGUCUGCAGGCUGGAUCGGGUUGGUGGGCCGCAGGGGCCCCCGCUCCAAGCAGCCCUUCAUGGUGACCUUCUUCAGGGAGAGUCAGGUCCCGUGUCGCCCGCCACGAGCUGUCAAGCCGCAUCCUCGCAGGAAGAAACCCAAAUACGACCUCCCAGUUCCCAGCAUUCAAAGUGAGCGUCCAAUAGCAAAUCAGCAGACAAUGAAAAUAGAGAUAGACAGAGCUACAUUGUUUAAACUCAAGUAGAAACGUUAUACAUUUAUUGACUUAAAGGUAGGGUAAUGGAGAAACCAGCUCGA